AUGAAAGCUGAUAGUAGUGACAAGAUUCAGGCCCCUAUCCUCUCGCAUCUACCACAAGCAAGUGACUUUACUGCUCGAGCUCUACCUACGAAUCCUUUUAUUACACCUGAUCUCCACGCUGCAUUCAACCUCUGCCUUGACCUCGAAUCUCGUGCUGUUCCCCUCCCGGAUCCAAGGCAUCCUCCUGCCGUUCUCUGCGCCCGUGUAUUAGGAUACACUCUUAUAGAGGCGCCUUCUCGUGAUCACUUGGCGGGAUCCAUCAACAAACGUAGCUCUGAUGACGAUCUUCUUGCCUUGGGUAGGUACUAUAUCUGCCGCUUAUUCAAAGCUGUCAAGGGGCCCACAUCUGUUCCGUCUGAUAGCCCCUCUCCUCCGUCUAUCGAAUACGAGCAAUCCUCUCUCACUAUAAAGGAAGUCGUUCUUCUUCGUGACGGUCACCACUGCAUGCUCAGAACAGACUUGUAUGACAUCUCUUAUGUCGAACAGAAUCCGUCUAUACUCGAGGCACAGAGCCUGAACUGGGCCUUCAGUUCCCUCUACUGCACGUAUAUAUUUCCAGAGUCGAAUUUAGGAGACGGUGCCGAGCACCCAUCUGACAAACUUGAAUGGGCUGCCUCAGUGUGGGCUGCGAUGCAUAUGUUUGGUAUGGAAGAGCUCAAUGGUGCUGGAAAUCACCGAUUGGAGAAUGUCCUCACGUUAUGCGAUGUCCUUCACGAGUAUUUCGGAAAGUUAGAUGAUGGCCAACCGAACACAUAUGUCGCUGUGUCCACUAUGUUCGGUUUAAUUGGACGCCUCCCAAGUCGCGUUGUCACUUUUACUACGCCCGAUCCGAAAGCUCUGCCGUUGCCCAACCCUGCUUAUCUAGCUCUUCACGCUGCUUGUCGUCGCGUCGCUCAUAUGUCGGGUGCUGCUGACUAUGUGAAGAAUGCUCUUCAGGAGGAAGAAGAGGUACGCAACCGGAUUGAGACGAUGGGUGUUCUCGCUGAGGACGGGUCAUCCAUGGACCUUUUUGAGCGAUAUAUUGCUACUCGGUUAAUAGAGAUUACUACGACCUAGCUGAAAGACGCUCAUUCAUCUCGUAUUAGCUUGCCUUCAUCUACGUAGAAUGAAGUUCGGUAUACAGGCUCGUGCAACCUGUGAUUGGUUCACUUGGAGGUCGCAUGACCUCGCGACAUAUACACUCUGCACUUGACACGCG